AGCUGACCGAGAGGGCCGCCGCCCAGCAGUAGACGCCGUCUCGGCCACUCGCCCUGCAGUCUCCGCGGUGUUUGAGUGAGUCCGGGCCCGGUCCCCUCUCCCGCCGCCGCCAUGGGCUGCACGUUGAGCGCCGAGGACAAGGCGGCGGUGGAGCGGAGCAAAAUGAUCGACCGCAACCUGCGUGAGGACGGGGAGAAAGCGGCCAAAGAAGUGAAGCUGCUGCUGCUCGGUGCUGGAGAAUCUGGUAAAAGCACCAUCGUGAAACAGAUGAAAAUCAUUCAUGAGGACGGCUACUCAGAGGAAGAAUGUAAACAGUAUAAAGUAGUUGUCUACAGCAACACCAUACAGUCCAUUAUUGCCAUCAUAAGGGCCAUGGGCAGGCUAAAGAUUGACUUUGGGGAAGCUGCCAGAGCAGAUGAUGCUCGGCAGUUAUUUGUCCUAGCCGGCAGCGCCGAGGAAGGAGUCAUGACCCCAGAACUAGCGGGAGUGAUCCGGCGGCUCUGGCAGGAUGGCGGCGUGCAGGCGUGCUUCUGCAGGUCCAGGGAGUACCAGCUCAACGACUCUGCCUCAUAUUACCUAAAUGAUUUGGAUAGAAUAUCCCAAACCAACUACAUUCCAACUCAGCAAGAUGUCCUGCGGACAAGAGUGAAGACCACAGGCAUUGUGGAAACGCAUUUCACCUUCAAAGACCUGUACUUCAAGAUGUUUGAUGUAGGUGGCCAAAGAUCAGAACGAAAAAAGUGGAUUCACUGUUUUGAGGGAGUGACAGCAAUCAUCUUCUGCGUGGCCCUCAGUGAUUACGACCUGGUUUUGGCCGAGGAUGAGGAGAUGAACCGAAUGCAUGAAAGCAUGAAACUCUUUGACAGCAUUUGUAACAACAAAUGGUUUACAGACACUUCAAUCAUUCUCUUCCUCAACAAGAAAGACCUUUUUGAGGAAAAAAUAAACAGGAGUCCCUUAACUAUCUGUUAUCCAGAAUACACGGGUUCCAAUACAUAUGAGGAAGCAGCUGCUUACAUCCAGUGCCAGUUUGAAGACCUGAACAGAAGAAAAGAUACCAAGGAGAUCUACACCCACUUCACCUGUGCCACAGACACCAAGAACGUGCAGUUUGUUUUCGACGCGGUCACAGAUGUCAUCAUUAAGCACAACUUAAAGGAGUGUGGACUUUACUGAAGCAUGUGGAUGUGAACAAAAGUUAUUACCGUGUGGAGUGUUGAGAUGAGACCAGACUUCUCUCGCUGUCUCUUUGGCAGUGGUGAGCGUGAACGGGACCAGGGAUGGCGGCGGCAUGCAGAAUCUUUGCACUCUUUAGCACACUCUUCUGUAUUAGGGAAUUCUUAAUUGGCACGAGAUGCUGAAGUCAAAUAUUGGAAUUGGAACAACUGUAAAGUACAAAUGAAGACACCACUUGGAUUUCAUGAUCUCAGAUGUUUAGGGCAGAUGUGAAGCUGAGGUGCUGCAUCCCAGAACUUUAAUAUGUAGCUUCUUCUUUUUUCCCCCCCUUGUUAACAGACCAUCAGUAGUUUAUUUUUAAAGUGUUUUUUUUUCCCCAUCAAGAAUACUAAAUUUUAUUUCUUUGUUUGCAAAAGAAUCUUUAUUAAAACACAGAGUCUUAACUAUGCACACGAUAUGAGCGGAUCAUCUUGAAAAUACUCCUCUUAGUAGGAGCUCUUUGAUUUUAACUCUUGGUGUGGUCAGAAUAGAAUAUUUCUGUAAUUGUGUAAUUCUUUUUUAUUGGGGCUAUAAUUAUGGCUUUUUUGGAUGAAAUUUUUGUUACUAUCCUGUUGAAAGUACCGUUAUGGUUCCUAAAUGGUAAUUACAUUGGAGAGCUCUGUCUAGUUCGCUCUCUUUUUUAAGCUUAGGGUUGACCGUUAACCAGGUUCAUGCUGAUUACCAAAUUACUAAAUAAAUGCUUCUGUAGUAUGAUAAAGUCAACUUUUUGGAUCCAGACACCCAGGGCAGCUGCCAAUCAAAAAGGCAGAUUGCUAAAUUUGAAACAGAAGUAGUGACUUUUCUGCUACAUCCCUACUAAAUUGACUGCUUCGAUCCUUGCUUGUCUGUCUCAGUUGUAGGGAGUUUUGUGAACGGUGCCCCGUGUUUUUCAUCUUCUGUGGCCUUUUCUGUUGGGAAACAUCUAAAGUGUAUUAACAGUGCAUGCCUUUACUUUGUAAAUGUGGUGCCAAAGCCCUGUUUGCCAUUGUUUUUGUUGUAGCAAUGUUAAUUGUAGUAAUCCUUAGUCAGUACCUUCUUUGGCCGAAACCAUUGCAUUUUGGGACCUUUUCCCACUUUGUCAUGUGUACAGAUUUUAAUCUGUUAUAGUUGGCAGCAGUAUUAAAAUGGUGAGUAAAGAGUCCAGGUUUGUUCCUGUUUGUAACUAGUCCCUUCUGGAAAUAUUUUCUUCUGUUUCUUGUUGCCCCUGCUGAGUGUGCUUUGGCCUUUGUCUGAGAGUGGGUCUAGAUAGAAAGGUUCCCUGAAGAGCUAGUCUUUUGAUAUCAUUGUGUUGAAUCUUGACCUGCCUGAGGGUCUUAUGUCCCAUUUGUGUGAGUGACAUGCACUCACAGUCCUUUUUCCAGAUUUGCAUUUGGUCGUGUGGAACGCUAUAUUCACCUCAGCCUGUAGGUCCUUUUGUAUAGUGUACAGCAAAUGUCAUUAAAUAAUGGAUGGUCCACUGGGGAAGGCAAAUGAAGAGUGCAUUUUGAGCAUUCCAUAUCAGUAGUUUAACCAGUGCCUUUUGGGGUCCAGUCUUUUGGAUUGGAUUCUGUUUCAUCUUUUGAUGUGACCUUUCACUAGUUUAAAAGGAAAAUAAAUGUUUGGUGGUCAUCAAAGCUGGUUCAAAAAGGAAACCACAGUAGUUCAGUGCCUUUAUUGGUAGUUUUUUUUUUUCUUACUAUUUUUGGAAAAGUAUAACUGUGCAGGUGGUGAACUGUGUUAUCUAACAAUUUAUUUUUUAGGGUUGGGAAAACUGGAUUAAAAGAAUGAAAAUUGUCAGCUUAAAUUGGUGAUUGACUUAUGGCUCACAAUGUAAAUAGGGUUGAUAGUUCUUGUUUGUUUUGAAUAAAUCUUUUCCUUAUUGUAUUUUGUAAAUAGAAUCAUCUGGAAAUAAGAACUGCUCCAGUGUUGUUGUAACUAUAGUCUUUCUGUAGCCUGGGAUAAUGGGAUGGUAUGAUAACCCAAAAGAACAGAUAACCCAAAAAAGUUAAUUUUACUUUGACAUUCAUUUUGUAUUUUCAUUUGAAUGUGUUUGAUAUAUUCAUUUUUUAGCCCUUCUGUUAAUGGAAAAUAGUAGUUCUCCACAUUCCUGCCUCUACUUCAUUUACACUUGUUCUGUGUUUACAUGAAGAUCAACCCCUGCCCCACCAAUCCAAAUAACUUAGCUAAUGUACAUUCCUUGUGGACACAGGACCCAGUUUAAGUCAGUUGUUUUCAAAUACGCCUCAAGUCAGAAUCAUCUGGAUCCAUCUCAGACAUUGACUCUUGGCCAGUGGGUUCACAAUUAUAACUUUAAAAAGGUUAUUCUGAUCAUCAGCAUUGCAAGUCACUAUCAUAUUUUGAAAGGAAAGAUUUUUUUCUUAUAGCAGAGCUAGAGUGUGGGGAUGAAACAUCAUAUCUUCCCGCCUGGAGAAAAAGGGUGGAUAUUUGUAAUCAAAGAAACAAAAAGUUGCCUUGUGUCUUGUCUGUGAAGAAUGCUAGAGAUUCGUGAUGGGUCAUGUUUCAGAAUUCAGGUGGCCAGGCUCUGGACCAUCCAAGAAAUCAGCACAUCUAAGGAAAUUAAUUUUUAAUAACAGUAUUUAAUAGACCCUAGCAGACAGGACUGCAAUAGUAGCAUCAUUUUGUUGACAGUCAUAUCUUCUCUACCUGAUUAAACUUUGGGCUGUGGAAUUGCCGUCCACUAGACUCUGUGUAAAGAGGAAGCAUUCUGCUUCUUCCUAGCCAAUCUUCCCUCCCUCAUCAAUUCAGCCUUGCAACAGAUUUCACCUCCUGGCAUGAAAAGUCCAAAAACUUUUACAGUUUCUUGUAUGUGGAUCUUGAGAUGACGUUUUCACCUUGGACAGUUAGAUCCCUAAGUCUAGUUCCAUGUAUAGUUUUAGUAUUUUCAGUGAUGGAUUGUUCCUUUCCAAGGUGCUGCAUUCUAAGAAUAGAUGGACCAAAUUUUUAAAAACUGUUCUCUCGCCUUGUUUAUUUUUUAUUCUCCUAUGUAUUUGUUUUAUUAUAUGCACAUUUCAGAGUAUGUAAAAA